AUGGAUCCAUUUGCAUGUAGUUUAAAUCACCUUGCAAGUAUUUUGUGUUUUGGACAGGAUCAUGAUAACACCAAAAAAAGAAGAAAAACAAGAAAGAGUGUACAUUCAACCAAACACUCUUACCUGCGUGUGGGAGGUGUCGAAAGCUUUGACUGCAAACGUAAGAAUCCUGACAAUUUAGGUUGUGCUGUGGUUGUUGUCGGGGUUGAUGUGUCUGUAUUAAAGAAGGCACACUUCGCUGUUAUCCACAAAAUCCCGGUGGUUUUCAUACAAGGAUCGGGAUCUGAAGAUGACUUAAAAGCAGCAUGCCGAAAUCAAAAUGAACGUUGCACCGACAUUGACAAAGAAGAAUGUGAACAUUUGCUUACAGACAUUCUCAAAAAAACAAAAUAUGUAAACAUUUGCUCUCAAUCAGAAACGACUGACUUACAGUAUGCCAUUCUAUUAGCUCUCAAGAAAGCACACACUAGCACUUGCCAAAAUUGCACUACGAAAUUGCUGCUAUCUCUUGCUUGGAGAUGGAACAAAUUCGAUUUUGCUCAAAAUGAGAUACAGUUUCCAGAUCCGAUGUCUGCAUGCGAUGAAACAGAAUCUUUGACACGUGUGACCAAUGCAAUAAUUGCUGAUACUUUGUUCGAAACAUUGGCCAAUGAUCAAGCGGACUUUGUUGAACUGCUUCUUCGAACAGAAUUGAAAGUAACAAACGAAGUUUUGCAGAAGUUAUAUUACGAUGUAAGUCGUCAAUCUUCAAAGAAGCUUUUAAACACUUUCUUUAAUAAGACAUUUAUGUAG